AUGGUUGUAGCCGUACGACAAAUUACACUGGAAAGUGUGAGUGACGUAGAAAAACUUGAUGGGACAGUUUGCAUUGCGGGACUGCCUGCGUUGAAGAUCGUUGAGUAGCCACAUAUUAUCAGAACAGCAAGGAACGUUCUGUGGGAAUGUUCUUCGUGGAUGGUGCAUUACCCCGAGUGUGUUUCUUGUGGAUAGUGCAUCAGUCAGAUGAUUCAUGGUACGUUGUGAUGUACGUUAGCCCCUGUCUGUUGAGUCUUUGUGUUCCGAUAUCAUUAGGUUCUGCUUUUGUGCGUUGGUCGAGCGACACGGGUGGUGGCUGCGGUGCUGCGGUGCUGUGGUGCUCCCCACCCUUGC